CUCUGGCAGAAGCUGAGGAAGGCUGCCCUGAGCAUAGACAGGCAGGGGCUCGAGCAGACUGGCCAUGCAGUUUGUUUUCCUCUCUACAAAGAUGCAUACUGUCCAAACUGUGUGGCUGGUUGUUACUAAGCAGCUGCUGUAAGAGGGGAAAAUGUAUUUAAUAAAAGGCUCAGUGUUUGUGGGCUUCUUGGGUUUCUGUGGAGCUUUGGAAAUCCCGAGGUGUGGCCAGUUUUCAGCCUUCAAAACUAAGAUGAACUGCCCUUGAGAAGGGGUGGUCAGAGAGGAAACUAUGUUCAACCUCUCUCUCCUGAGCCGGGGCCACGGGAAGCUGGUCCAGAGCAAACAGAAGUUGGAGGUCUAUUUUGAACCAGAGGAUUAUUUGAACUGGAAGUCCCCAGAAGACUAUGUCCUAGUCAGCAGACCUCAGGAAGAAGACAGUGCUGACCAGCACUCCUGGAACCUUUUUCUUCCCAAGACAUUCAGCACUAGAAAGGGAGCUCUGAUCCUUUACUCAGAAGGCCUGGCCAUCCCAGCAUGGACUCCCAGGGAGAAGAGAAAAGACCCCUCCCGCCCCAAGGCGCCCAAGGAAAGGCUGGAUCUUGAGCUACACACACUUCAAGAUCUCAAAGAAGCCAUCCUGGCCUAUGGAAGAAAGCAGAGGCAGCAAGACAGCAGCUGGCAACCCUACCUCUACUUCCGAAGUCAGUCAGAGAGCCAGGCCCAGAGGCAGAUCCAGCCCGGGUAUUCUGCCAAGAGAUACCUCCGAGGCUUCUUGCGGACAUGGUCCCCCUCUGCUAUGUACAGGCUCCAACGUGCAGGAUACAUCAAGGACUCUGUGCUACUCCAGGACACUCACCCUGCUGUACCAAGGAGUUUCAGGCUGCAGCAAGACCUUUCAGGUGCACCCCCAAAGUACCAUCUCCUGCCUGUUAUCCCGCCAUUUUGGAUUCAACAAGGGAAAUCUUUUGAACAAGGUCAGCAGGGCCUGGAUGGAGGGGUAACUGGCACUGUCGAACAUGUGGACCAAGGCACUGCAGCCACAUGCCAUGGUGGUCAGGGGAAUCCUUUGCUGCCACUCAGGGAGCAGCCCUGGCAGGAAGAUGGGACCCAGGCAGAGGACACCUCAAUGGAGAGACGCCUUCCUGUUCACGCCUCAGAGGAAAGCCACAAUGAGAAGACACACCAAACCUCCAGGAAGGCCCUUGGGCAUGCCCACAUAGGUCCCUUUUGGCUCCUGGGUGACAAAUCCAACAUCAUCCCUUUUGGAGGUGCCUUCCCCAGUCCAAAGGCAGACCUAAGCAACAAACAAGGGACCAAGAAGCUCUCCAAGGCUAGAGGCAGCCACCCCUUACCACAGCCUCCUGCGGAAAGAUGCCUGUUCCCUCCAGUAACAUCUGUCACUGCCUCAGAACACAACUCCCCUGGGGAAGCAAAGGGGAAAAAGGCACCAAAGUCUUUGAAAUUACCUCCUAUUUUGGAAGAGCCACCCAGAGUUCUUGACCCCCUGAGGAGCCAAUUUAAAGUCAAUGAACCUCCAACAGAGCUCUUCAUCAUUCCAAUGGAGAUUCAUUUCCACACUCCACACCCUCCAAAGGAAAAAGCCUGCCAAAGAGGUGCUCCACUUCCUGAGUCUGAAACAGGAGAGACAAGGCCUGUAUGGAGGCCUUGCCUGAAACACGUCUCCUCCAAAAAGCGGAGGGUGAUCAGCGUGCAUCUCCCAGUGCACGAAAGCAGAGAGACGCCCUCUCCCCCAGAUAACAGCCUGGCCCAGGAUGCAGCCCUACCACUGAGCCCUCUACCAAAAAUUAAGGGGAGAAACAGUCUGGAAAGCCAGCGGAGCCCAGGCAGCCCUGAGAUGUCAGGCUGUGUCCCCCCAAGUCCCCAGCACAUCGGGACACUGCCAGCAGGACAAGUAUAUGAAUCUGUCCAAUCAAAUAUCAUCCAGGAAGAAGGAGGGCCUGGUAUUCAACACCUCCUAAAAGCUAAUACUGCAGCCAGGACCAAUCUUCACAUGAAUCUUCAUGAAAGCUUACCUUUGACACAAACGACAGAGAAGCAGGGAUCCCCACAGUCCUCGGAGGCAGCAGCUCAGAAGGCGGGAGAGCCUCAAAGUUGUAUAAAUAAAGAGCUGAUGUGUUCAAACAGAAAAGAAUUUUCCACGCACAAGCUGCACAUUGACAGGACGCCGUUCCUGAAGGAAAGUAGAGAAGCACAAGACUCUCAUGAAGAUCUGGGAGCAGCCCCUGGAGAAAAGGAUGAAGACAGCAGCCAAGACUCACAACUAAGGAGUGUGACCCCCGGGUCACUUGGCACUGCCCUGGUCAAACACAUCCAGAUCCUUGAGGCAGACACCGUGAAAAACACGGACAGAGAUGACAGAGCUCACCAGAUCCACAGGGGACAUCCUGGACCUGCAUCUGAGUCACCUGAGAGCUUGAGUGUUGAAGAUGCAUCUUUUUUGCUGAGAGCAAAAAAAGGGAAAACUUCAUGGAGACUGCUUAACCAGCAUGCACCAGCCAGCAUCCAUCAUGAGAAGGAAUUGAUUGACAAGACUAAGAAAACGAAAAAAAAAAAGAUAGACAAGAACAAAGUGCCCACGAGGCAGACAGAGGGAGAGGUACCCAGAGAAGCAGACACUGCUAGAGGCAAGUCAAAGGACUCAAACGCUGAAAAGAAAUCAGAACUAAUUUCCAAAGGAAGGAACCCAGGAGCCAAGAGGAGCAAGACACAGAAGGAAGAGAAUUUGGAGAUGGCAGAAGAACAGAGUGGGCCUGAUAGCACCAGUUCCAAGGAAACAGAGAGUGCCUCAAGUUGGAGUUUGUUCUCUGUGCACCCUAACACAGACAGGCCUUGGCCUCCUCCCACAGUCAGUACUCCAGAGAGCCAGGUUUCCUUAGAUGUGAGAUCAUCACCUAUCCAGCACAAAGCUGUCAUGGGCAGCAGGGAAGCUGAAGAAGAGAGGCGCCCUGACACCCCUUCCCAGGCCCUCCUCACCCAGAGGGCACAGGAGAAGGCAGCACGGGACAGGCUGCGUACCCAGAGGGCAGAGAUGAGGCUGCUGGAGGUGGAGAAGAAGAGGAGGGAGCAGGAGGAGCAGAGCCGCCGCCAGCAGGAGCAGCUAGAGAUGGAGAAGAUCGAGGAGGAGCUGCAGCUGGCGCAGCAGAGGUGCCUUGAGGAGAUGCGCUUAAGGAAACAGAGACUUGAAGAAGAACAGCAGCAGCAGGAGGCAGCAGAGAGGAAGCAGCGGCUUCAGUGGCAAGCAGCCCAAGAGAGAGCCCGGCAGCAGCAAGAGGAGCUCCGCAGGACACUGAAAGAAGGACAGAGGAAAAAACAGCAGGAGGAAGCCGAGAGGGCUGAAGCAGAGAAGCAAAGGCAGAAGGAAUUAGAAAUGCAGUUAGCAGAGGAACACAAACGUCUGAUGGAAAUGGCGGAGGAGGAACGACUAGAGUACCAGCGGCAGAGACAGGAGGCAGAAGAGAAGGCUCUGCUGGAGGCUGAGGAGAGGAGGUCACAGGAAGAGAAAGCAGCCAGGCUGGCCCUGGAAGACGCCAUGAAACAAGCCCAGGAGCAAGCCAGGCAAAAAGCUGCUUUGGAGAAGCAUCUUCGUUUCCAUCAAGAACUCCACAAGGAAGCCCAUGGUCUGCAGUGGACACAGAAUAUUUCCAGACCAUGGGUCUAUUCUUAUUUCCAGUUCCUAAAAAUGUACAGGCCAUGACGUUCUUGGAAGAAAGCAAAAAGUAAGUUGAGCACAGUGACACAGAGAAAUUCCCUUUCAUAAUGAAAUUC